UGCUCUGCUCCGGCAUGCAGCGCUGCUGUAGCUGCGUCAGACCGGAACAGACAGCGUGUUUGAUGCUGAAUGCUGCACCAGGAUAACGACAUCCCGACAGACAGAACCACCGCGGAGGACUACGACACUUCACUCUACAGCAGUGAACACACAGAGCCGGUAUGGACAACAAGGCGCUGGAACCCGACUCUGUGAGCAUCCACGUAGAGGAGGUGGUCGUGUGUAACGGAGGCGUCCAGCAGCAGGACGCGUCCAUGUUGACCCACCUGAAGAAGGUGGAGAACCACAUCACCGAAGCUCAGCGCUUCUCCCACCUCCCCAAACGCUCCGCCGUGGACCUGGAGUUCAGCGACCUCUCCUAUACCAUCCAGGAGGGCCCGUGCUGGAGGAGGAGAGGUUUCAAAGCCUUACUGAAGUGCCUGUCUGGAAGGUUCUGCAGUCGAGAGCUGAUAGGAAUCAUGGGGCCCUCAGGGGCCGGGAAGUCCACCUUAAUGAACAUUCUGGCUGGAUACAGGGAAACAGGGAUGAAGGGUCAGAUCCGGGUAAAUGGGAAACCCCGGGACCUGAGGACAUUCAGGAAGAUGUCGUGCUACAUCAUGCAGGAGGACAUGCUGCUGCCACACCUCACGACCCGAGAGGCCAUGAUGGUUUCAGCCAACUUAAAGCUGGAUGAGACUAUGGAGGUGAAGAAAGAACUGGUGAAUGAGAUCCUGACUGCUCUGGGGCUCCUGGAGUGCGCUCACACUCGUACCAGCUCUCUGUCGGGCGGUCAGUGCAAACGUCUGGCCAUCGCUCUGGAGCUGGUCAACAACCCUCCGGUCAUGUUCUUUGACGAGCCCACCAGCGGACUGGACAGCGUGUCGUGCUACCAGGUCGUCUCUCUGAUGCGCUCUCUGGCGCUGGGAGGACGCACCAUCAUCUGCACCAUCCACCAGCCCAGUGCCAAGCUGUUUGAGAUGUUCGACAAGCUCUACAUCCUCAGUCAGGGACAGUGCAUCUACAAAGGAACGGUCCCGUACCUCAUCCCCUACCUGAAGACGCUGGGCCUUCACUGUCCCACCUACCACAACCCUGCAGACUUUAUCAUUGAAGUGGCUUCAGGAGAGUAUGGAGACCUGAACCCUGUGCUGUUCGAGGCGGUCCAAGGUGGGAUGUGUGCGUUAGGAGAGAAGAAGAACCAGUGUGACAGCAACGGCCAGUCGGUGUGUGCAGCAAAGUGCCCGAUGGACACCGGACACAUAGAGAGACAUUCUUUUGCCACCAGCACACUAACACAGUUCUGUAUCCUCUUCAAGAGAACCUUCAUCAUUAUAUGUCGGGACCAGGUUCUGACCCACCUCAGACUGAUGUCCCACAUCUUCAUCGGUGUGUUGAUAGGGUUGCUCUAUCUCAACAUCGGCAACGACGCCAGCAAGGUCUUCAACAACACCGGCUUCCUCUUCUUCUCCAUGCUCUUCAUCAUGUUCGGAGCGCUCAUGCCGACCGUGCUGACCUUUCCUCUGGAGAUGUCCGUGUUCCUGAGGGAGCACCUGAACUACUGGUACAGCCUGAAGGCCUACUACCUGGCCAAGACCAUGGCUGAUAUCCCGUUCCAGGUGAUCUGCCCCAUCUUGUACUGCAGCAUCGUGUACUGGAUGACGGAGCAGCCUCCUGAGGCCAGCCGCUACCUGCUCUUCUUGGCCCUGUCCACCUGCACGGCCCUGGUAGCCCAGUCCCUGGGCCUUCUGGUCGGGGCCGCCUCCACCUCGCUACAGGUGGCCACGUUUGUUGGACCGGUCACAGCCAUCCCAGUGCUGCUCUUCUCUGGAUUCUUUGUGAACUUUGACACAAUCCCCAAAUAUCUGCAGUGGAGCUCCUACGUGUCUUAUGUGAGGUACGGCUUUGAAGGCGUCAUCCUCUCCAUCUACGGGAUGAACCGCUCAGAGCUGGAGUGUCCGGGGAAGGUCUGCAAGUUCCAGAAGCCUGAGGAGGUCCUGCAGCUGCUGGACGUGGAGGACGCAAAGCUCUACAUGGACUUCAUCGUCCUGGGAAUCUUCUUCAUCAUCCUGAGGCUGUUGACCUACCUCGUCCUCCGCUACAAAGUCAACUCAGAGAGAUAGGUUUCUCUCUCUCUCUCUCUGUCUGUCUCUCUCUCUGUCUCUCUCUCUGUCUCUCUCUCUGUCUCUCUCUC